UCCCCCGCUUCUUCCCCAGCUCCCUCCCUCCGUUCUUUCUGCUUCUCUCUGUCCUCAUUCUCGCUCUCCGUCUCACCCACCCCGAUCUCCCUAUCUCUUCUUCCGUCACACACGCAGACACUCUUUCCCUCUCCCUAUUUUUCCGUCAUUUGUCUUUGCAUCUCAAGGCGGCCACUGGCUCCUCUAUGAAGCCCUUCUAUUGAUCUGUCACCCUCCCUCCACCCCCAUCCCUCCCAGCUCCACUCCUGUACCUGGAGCAAGGCAGGAGCUGCAGCCGAGCAGCAUGUCCCGAAGGAAACAGAGCAAACCCAGGCAGAUCAAACGGCCCCUUGAGGAUGCCGUUGAGGAUGAAGAAGAAGAAGAGUGCCUGUCUGAGGAAAAUGAUACUAUCUCAAAAGAAGACUUUCCAUUGGAGGAAAGCUUUUCUACAGAGUUUGAGCCUGAAAAUCUGAGCUGUGAAGAAGUGGAAUACUUUUGUAAUAAAGGCAAUGAAGAAGGCAUCCGGGAGGCAGCAGAACCUGAUGGUGAUGCAAGGUCAGAGAAACCAGGGCAGCUUGCUGUGGAGACUGAAGACUGGGAUGGGCCAGGAGAGUUGGAGGUGGUCCAGAAAGACGGGGAGCGCAAGAUUCAGAGCCGGCAGCAGCUUCCGGUUGGAACAACAUGGGGGCCUUUUACUGGGAAGAUGGAUCUGAAUAAUAACACCUUGAAGACAAAGGCUUCAGUCCCCAUGGUACUGACUGCUGGCCCCAAGUGGUUGCUGGAUGUGACUUGGCAAGGAGUAGAAGACAACAAAAACAACUGCAUUGUGUACAGCAAAGGAGGGCAGCUUUGGUGUACCACGACCAAGGCCAUCUCAGAGGGUGAAGAGCUGAUUGCCUUUGUUGUGGAUUUUGACUCAAGGCUGCAAGCUGCUAGUCAGAUGACUCUCACAGAAGGGAUGUAUCCUGCACGCCUGCUGGACUCAAUACAGCUGCUCCCUCAACAAGCUGCAAUGGCAUCUAUUUUGCCUACAGCUAUUGUGAACAAGGACAUAUUCCCUUGCAAAUCCUGCGGCAUUUGGUAUCGAAGCGAGCGGAACCUGCAGGCCCAUCUCAUGUAUUACUGCAGUGGGAGGCAAAGAGAGGGGCCUCAGCUGUCAGAGGAGAAUGAAGAUAGUGCUCAGCAGAUAUCCAGUGUCUGCCCCUUUCCACAGUGCACCAAAAGCUUUUCUAACGCAAGAGCUCUGGAAAUGCACCUAAAUUCUCACAGUGGAGUGAAAAUGGAAGAAUUUCUCCCACCCGGUGCUAGUCUGAAAUGCACAGUUUGUACUUACACUGCAGACUCAGUGAUCAACUUUCAUCAGCACCUGUUUUCUCAUCUUACUCAAGCUGCCUUUAGAUGCAAUCACUGCCAUUUUGGCUUCCAGACUCAGAGGGAGCUCCUGCAGCACCAAGAGUUACAUGUCUCUGGCAACAAAAUUCAGAGAGAAAGUGACAUUGAACACUCUCCAAGUGGAAAUGAAGAAGGUUUACAGCCAGCAACGGACCUGUUGAGCAGAAAUGAUGUUCCUCAGAGCCAAAAGACCAUGCAGACUAAAGACGCAAGUUCUGAUACAGAGCUUGAUAAAUGUGAAAAAAAGACUCCACUUUUCCUUCCAAAUCAGAGACCAGAAACCCAGCCUGCAACAAAUAAGCAGAGUUUUUCAUACACUAAAAUAAAAUCCGAACCAUCCAGUCCGAGACUUGCUUCAUCGCCAGUUCAGCCUAAUAUUGGCCCUUCUUUCCCAAUGGGACCUUUUCUUUCCCAGUUUGCUUUUCCCCAAGACAUCACUGUGGUUCCUCAGGCUUCAGAGAUCUUAGCCAAAAUGUCUGAACUGGUCCAUCGAAGACUGAGGCAUGGAAGUAGCAAUUAUCCUCCUGUAAUUUACAGUCCUUUGAUGCCCAAAGGGGCUACGUGUUUUGAGUGCAACAUAACCUUCAAUAAUUUGGACAACUACUUGGUACACAAAAAGCAUUACUGCAGCAGCCGAUGGCAACAGAUGGCAAAGUCACCAGAUUUUUCCAGUGUUCCAGAGAAAAUGCCAGAAGCUGUAAGUCCCAGUAACGGUCAAAGCUCUAUAAACAUCCUGAAUGCAGCUCCUCACACAUCAGAUCCAGAGAAUCAACUUCUGCAGACAUCUUGCAUAAACCCUUCCAAUGUUUUAGAUUUGAUCGGGCCAAACGGUAAAAGUCAUGAUAAAGACUUCACAGCACAAUCUAAGAAGUUGUCGGCCGCCAGCAACGGUGAUGAGAAGAUAAAUGGAAAACCUUCUGAUGUGAAGAACCCCAGUGCUCCUUUAGUGGAAGCAGAGAGUGAUCCCAACAAGACCACGUGUGAAGCUUGUAACAUUACUUUCAGCAGACACGAAACAUACAUGGUCCACAAGCAGUAUUACUGUGCCACUCGCCACGAUCCCCCACUGAAGAGGUCUGCUUCCAACAAAGUGCCUGCCAUGCAGAGAACGAUGCGUACCCGGAAGCGGAGGAAGAUGUAUGAGAUGUGCCUACCAGAGCAAGAGCAAAGGCCACCACUCGUUCAACAGCGAUUUCUAGAAGUGGCUAAUCUUGGCAAUCCUUGUACCUCUACCCAAGAGUCAACAGAGGGCCUCGGAGAAUGUUACCAUCCACGAUGCGACAUCUUUCCAGGAAUAGUCUCGAAGCACCUGGAAACAUCCCUGUCUAUUAACAAGUGCGUUCCAGUUUCAAAGUGUGAUACUCCUCACUCCACCGUAUCCUGCUUGGAGAUGGAUGUGCCGAUAGAUCUCAGUAAAAAAUGCUUACCCCCGUCAGAGAGGACAUCUGCUUCUCCCAAGAGGCUGCUGGACUACCACGAGUGCACAGUAUGCAAGAUCAGCUUUAACAAAGUAGAGAACUACCUGGCUCACAAGCAGAAUUUUUGCCCUGUCACUGCCCAUCAGCGUAAUGACCUGGGACAACUUGACAGUAAGGUGUUUCAAAACCCAGAAAGUGAAAGAAACAGCCCAGACGUCAGUUACGAAAGAAGCAUCAUCAAAUGUGAGAAAAACGGAAACUCGAAACAGUCCUCUCCUAAUGGAAACUUAUUUUCCACACACUUAGCGACACUUCAAGGACUAAAAGUCUUUAGCGAAGCAGCCCAGCUUAUUGCUACAAAAGAAGAAAACAAACAUUUGUUUCUUCCACAAUGCCUUUACCCUGGAGCAAUAAAGAAAGCUAAAGGAGCAGAUCAGCUUUCUCCAUAUUAUGGAAUAAAGCCAAGUGAUUACAUUUCUGGUUCUCUCGUCAUUCAUAAUACCGACUUAGAUCAAAGCACAACUACAGAAAGUGAGUCUCCUAAAGGCCAGGCACCUUCAAAUGGAUGUGCUGUGCAGAAGAAAGAGUCUCUUCCACUAUUGCCGAAAAACCGCGGCAUGGUAAUAGUUAAUGGUGGACUGAAACAGGAGGAAAGACCUGCCGCAAACCCACAGCAAGAGAACAUUUCCCAGAACCCUCUGCAUGAAGACGGGCACAAGUCUCCUUCUUGGAUCUCUGAGAAUCCCUUAACUGCAAAUGAAAAUGUCUCUCCAGCAAUUCCUACGGCAGAGGAACAGUUGUCUAGUAUAGCUAAAGGCGUGAAUGGUUCUACCCAGGCCCCAACCAGUGGAAAGUAUUGCCGACUGUGUGACAUCCAGUUCAACAAUCUUUCAAACUUUAUAACUCAUAAGAAGUUUUAUUGCUCGUCACAUGCAGCAGAACAUGUCAAAUGAAACAACUGCUCACCUUUGGUACCUGUGUUUAGCAUAUUGUUCCACACGGUCUAAAGAAAGCUGUUUGAAUUACAUCUGGACAAUCAGGAGAUUUCACUGUUGCUGAGUUGAAGAAUUAAAGGUGUAAUUUCAUUACAGU